AUGACAAGAGAUGAUGUUCCAGACGUUUUUGAGCCCAAAUUCGAUAUUGUCCCACUGAUCAUUGAGCUCUCAUGCCUCGGUAAGUUUCUUUGUUGCAUGCAUUUUGUUUUCCUUCUAUUUUUAGGCGGAUUCGCUAUUUCCUUGGCGAUAUUCGAGGUGAUUUAUCGAAAAGGUCUGAUUUUCAAGGAGGACCAGGAAGGUCCCACCAAGAUUCAUCGGGAACACCUCCAGGAGUACAAGAAGCAAGAGGACAAAUUCCUGGCCAAUGGCGGACAAGCGAACCCGAUGCGACAGCGAGAAAAGCCGGCCGAGGGAUCUGGAGAAGCGGCGGCCGGGAAAUCGACUGUUCAAGGAGGCGCUCAGACGGCUUCAGCUCCGACCAGUCAGUCCAAGACUGGUGAAUAA